AUGACUCGCCAGACGCGCGCUCUCCCCUCCCACCGCCGGAAGAAGUCAGGCAGCUCAAUGCAGCGCGUCGGACGCUGUGACGUCAACUCCUCCUGCUCCGCCGCUCCGGAAACUGCCGAGAAAACCCGGAAGAAGCAAGGAAGAUCCGAACAGCGCCGAGCCGCGGGACAUCUUCACCUACUAUCCGGGACGGCGGGACAGGCAAGUAAAAUCGGGACUGUCCCGCCAGAUCCGGGACACUUGGGAGAUGUAAGUGACAGUAGAGAAGAAACAGACCAAGGUCCUGCUGACAAGAUGGACAGUAUCACAAAGCUUUUUGGUGACCUAUGUGAAUCGCACAUGGUAGGAUUUCCAUGGAGAACUGCGCUGAACAGCAGAAAACAUAGCAAAAAUAGGACUAAACAAACUCUUAAAAAGUUGGCCUAUGAUACUCUUUUUGUACAUUUGUUCCAGGAUGAGGCUCGUAAACUGCAGCCAAACUGUACAAGACUACCAGUAAAGAACAAGAUUAUUAUGCUGUCUUUUAAUUUGCGUAUAUGUGGUAUGAGUUCUGAGGCAGACCGUUUGGAGGAACUAGUAGAAUAUCUGGAACAAUCAAAUGGUAUUCAAAUCUCUGAUCUGCAUGCUGUUCUUGAACUUUUGGUAGAACUUUCAGGAACAGGGCCUCCCCAGCUCCUUCCUCCAAAACGAGACUACUUUAAAAACAACAAAUAUGUUGGCAGAAACGUAAAAUACCAGGGUUAUGACUAUUAUGACGUUCAGGUAUUCGAAGCUGACCUUGGGACAACAGUUGCAUAUCAAGAAUUGGAAAUCAGCACCACUAUUCAAAGAACACUUCAAAUAAUGGAGGCAGCACCUGGAACAGGUCUUCCAGCACUAAGUUUCUUCUCUCAAAACGAUCUCAGCACUGACAAGUUUGAAAAAGAGACACGGGGGUCACUUUUUGGAGCUUUGGUCCACAGCCGAACAAACGACAUGGACAUCAAGCUCGAUAUGCCACCUGUACCGGAAAAUGCUGACCUGUCUGGGCUGGCAAUAAAAGUUCCCCAGAGUAUUGACCAGUCUGAAGAUGAAGGGUUUCAGUCAGCCUCCAAUAUGACACCUGAUUCUCAGUCUGAGCCCAGUAUGACCCCUGAUAUUGAUGUGUGGGAGGCAGUUCUUACAUAUGGACCAAGCAAGAGGAGGUGCUGGGAAAGAAUAGGCUGUCCCCCUGGUAAAAGAGAAGAACCAUAUGUAACAGAAGCUGGGAGAGAAGCAUUUGACAAACUAUAUAAGCUCCAUGAAGGGGGACUUCAGAUCCUCAGUGCUACAACUUUGCAACCCCAGCUUGUAUUGCUUGAAGAGACUGACUUGGUGAAAGCUGUUCUUAAUGUUCUUAUAGGGGUUGUAUCUUCUACAUUUUCUUAUAAUCAGGCCCUUCAGUCUUUUGCAGUCAAGCAAGGAGUUUAUAUAUCUGGAACGUCACCUGAGAACAUAAGCAGCCUAUUGACACAAGUUGCAGAAUAUGGAACAUAUUAUACUAGAUUGAGUCACUUCUCUCUGCUUACUGUAUUGGAUUCAUCACAUAGUAAUGGUCUUGUAUUUCAGGCUUUUACCAGUGGCCUUAGGAAAUAUCUGCAGUAUUAUCGGGCAUGUGUUUUAUCAACUCCUGCAUCAUUGACUCUUCUCACCAUUAGCUUCCUUUUCAGAAAACUUGGACGGCAGUUGAGAUAUUUAGCGGAGCUUUGCUGCAUUGGAACACUUGUAACCAGUGCCACAAGGGGCAUUAGUACUGCAUUUCCUACAGGGGUAAAGCUUCUUUCAUAUCUAUACAAAGAAGCACUGGAAAACAGCAGCAAUGAAAAUUAUCCUGUCUUGUUAUCACUAUUAAAAACUAGCUGUGAACCAUACACAAGGUUUAUUUAUGAUUGGGUGUAUAGUGGUGUCUUCAGAGAUGUUUGUGGAGAAUUUAUGAUUCAAGUAAAUGAAGAUUAUCUUGGAUUUAGAGAUAAGCGAUAUUGGACUCAUGGAUACGUUUUGAUUUCCAAGGAAGUUGAAGACUGUGUGCCUGUAUUUCUGAAGCAUGUUGCUAAUGAAAUAUAUAUUUGUGGGAAAACCAUAAACUUACUAAAGUUAUGUUGUCCUAAGCAUUAUAUAUGUUGGUCAGAUAUCCCAGUACCUCGAAUAUCUGUAACGUUCUCCCUGGAAGAACUAAAGGAAAUGGAAAAAGACUGUGCUGUCUAUGUUGCACGUAUGGAGAGAAUAGCACGACAUAGUUGUAUUAGCAAAGAACAAAAGGCUUUACAAACAGAAAUUGCAAGGCAAGAGUUAAUUAUUCAGGCACGUGAAACAACAGAAAAAGUUUUUGAAACAUUCAAAGAUCGUAAGCUGGCUGAGAAACUGUCUUUGGAUACAAAAAAAAGAGAACUUUUUCAAAAGCUGAAAGACCAGUAUGAGAAAGAACAAGAGAGGCGCCUUACAACCAAGCAAGAAGAAGCUGAUGAUGAUUUUAGCUAUGCCCGAGAGAUACGUGAUCGUGAGAAGAGACUAAAGGCAUUAGAAGAAGAACUGGAGUUGAAAACAAGACAAGAACUUAUUGAGCAUUACAGCAGAUUGUCUGAAGAGGCAACUCGCAAAGAGCAGAGGGCUCUUUGGAAACUUCAGCGUCAUAAACUUGAAACUAUUCGACUGAAAUUUUUCUUGGAGGAACAAAAACGCAUGCAGGACUUGGUUGCAAAUUUCCCAGUGGAUAUUUGCGAAGAAAAUCUGGGUGUUUUACCAGAUGGGGAAAUAUCACAUCAAACAGACAAUACUAAUGAUGCAGGUUUGGGAAAUAUAGAAAAUGAGAAAUCCGUUCCAGAACAACAUGCCUUACACAACAACAAUGAUGAAGUGUAUACUGCUCAAAACUGUAUUUCAAAGAGUGAAUCUCUGUGUGUGGAUGUUACAUUACCCACAGAAAAUGUACAUUCACAAACCAGUAAUGCUUCAGUCUUAGGUGUACCAUCUUUCGAUUCCAAUCUGUGUACACCUGAUGUGGAUAUUAUUGAUUUCUUACCAACAUUACCCUCUGAGAAUCAGGAGGUAGCUGUAGUUCAGUCUUUGGUAGAUGAUGCUUUAAUUAGCAUUGGUUCAGAUCUGAAUACAGAUACAAAGGACAAGGAAAGUCUGUGUGCUUUAAAAAGUGAUUUACAGGAAAGUAGUACUGGAAGCGAAUAUGAUUUUAAAACCAUUCUAAAGCCUAUAGCAUGUACCCAAGUUUCACAAGGACACAUAAAAAUUGGAGAAUAUUCUUCUAAUGUACAACCUGCAAGGCCUCGUUGGAGUACUCAUGGACAUUCUUCAGAUUCAAAUAUUAAAAUUGGAAAUUAUGUCUCUGACAUCAACGUACACCAGCCAAAGCAUAGCCAGCAUGGCCAUUCCUCAGAUUCUAAUAUAAAUAUUAGUGAUCAUAUGUCUGAUGUGGAACCUCGACUGCCUCGACUGAAUUUGCAUGGGCACAUCUCCACAGGACAUAUAAAAGUAGGUGAAUAUGCUUCUGAUGUAGAGCCUUCAACGCCCAGGCACAGUGUUCAUGGGCAUGCAUCCCAGGGAAACAUUAAGAUUGGUGAGAAUGUAUCAGAUGUGAAACUAUCAAGGCCACGAUGGAAUAUUCAUGGACAUGUGUCUGACGCAAAUAUAAAAAUUGGUGAGAAUACUUCUGAGAUAGCACCCCUACGACCUCGAUGGAACAUUCAUGGACAUGCUUCACAGUCUCAUAUUAAAAUUGGAGAACUAGUUUCUGAUAUAGAACCCUCACAACCCAGAAGGACCCCUUUUGGCCAUCCAUCACAAUCAAGCAUACCAAUUGGAGACCAGCCUGUGGAAAAAUAUGCUCAGAAGUCAGAAUCAGAAGUCCAUUCAUCAAACUCUACAAUUCAACACUUACUCUAUAGCAACAUACCUGACAAGAACAAGGACACGGGAGGCACGUUAACAGAUUCUCCAGUCCCUGUUCCUGAUCAAGGAAACUCAAACGAUGACACAGAGAAAAGAUCUUCAACACUAGAGCAGAGAGUGCAGGCAGCUGAUUCUGUCUGUGAUGGAGAAGCAUCGCCAAAUACUGCACAGAGUUUGCCAUGUAUGUCUGACACCCUGGAUUUUGGAACUAACGGAGAAGAAAAUGUUGGGAAUGAUGAUCAUACAUGGGAAAAGCAACAGGAGUAUUUAAAAGGCCUUGCAGAGAAGUAUUGCCUUGAAAAAUAUCAAGACAGUUAUGAACUAAUGUCACAUCCUCCAGUUCUUCACCUUUAUAGCAAUGUGAUGCCCAAUCGGUUUUCUUUCCCAACUGAUUCUGACAUUAAGUCAGCAACAGAUGAAACUACAGUUCAACUUAUUGAACUUCUGUCUUUGCCAGUACUGAUGAAAUAUUCAGUUACUGCUCCUAUGGUCUCACAUGUUUAUCUGGUAAACAAAGCAAUAGUGGAUUAUUACUUUGUGGAGCUAAAGAUGGAGAGACACUUUGAAGCUAUGAGACAUUUUCUGCUGAUGGAAGAUGGGGAGUUUGCUCAGUCACUGAGUGACAUGCUGUUUGAAAAGCUUGGUUCCGGACAAACACCAAGUGAACUAUUGAAUCCAUUGGUUCUUAAUUCUAUACUGAACAAAGCUCUGCAGUACAGUUUGCAUGGAGACUCUUCUCUGGCCUCCAACCUAACCUUUGCACUGAAGUAUCUUCCAGAAGUGUUCACACCUACUGCCCCUGAUGCAUUAAGCUGCUUGGAGUUGAAAUAUAAGGUUGAUUGGCCUCUCAACAUAGUUAUCACUGACACGUGUAUGAAUAAGUAUAGCAGAAUAUUUUCUUUUCUGCUCCAACUGAAACACAUGGUAUGGACGUUAAGGGAUGUUUGGUUUCACCUAAAAAGAACAGCACUGGUGAAUCAAGCUUCAAACUCAGUUCAGUAUAGACAGCUCCAACUGUAUCGACAUGAAAUGCAGCACUUUGUUAAAGUCAUUCAGGGCUACAUUGCUAACCAGAUUCUGCACGUAACAUGGUGUGAAUUCAGGAACAAACUGUCUGCCGUGAGCAACCUGGAAGAGAUUUACAAGACACAUGCAGACUAUUUGAACAAAGCACUCUUUAGGGGGUUAUUGACAGAGAAGGCUGCCCCACUGAUGAACAUAAUUCAUAGUAUUUUCAGCCUCAUUCUGAAGUUCCGCUUGCAGUUGAUCUCUCAAUCAUGGAUAUGUGACACAGGGAAACAAAUGGCUGUUCAUCCCAACUUUGGUCUAAUGCAACAAUCUUACAAUACAUUCAAGUAUUAUUCUGACUUUCUUUUUGAAGUGGUGUCAAAGCUUGUAAACAGAGGAUAUCAGCCUCAUCUGGAGGAUUUCUUACUGCGGAUUAACUUCAACAGUUAUUAUAAGCAGAGCUAGGCAUUGAUCGCAGUGUUACAUUCAAAAUGUCAAGCUCUGAGGCCACCAUGAGAAAGUCAUGGGAACCCUCUGGGAUAAUUCCACAAAUCACAGACGCCGUUACACCGAAUGCUGCCUUGGAGUAGAGGUUCCAGAUAUGACAAGUGUAGAGUCCAGUUAAAAAAGAAAAAGGCCCAUCCUUCAUAACAAUUUUUCGUAUCAAUAUGAAUUAUUGGUGGCUGAGUUUAUGAGCUACACAUUAGUUAUGAUCCACACCGCAUGUAGCACUUAGUGGGAGGCUGUUAGCAACGUUUCUUGCUUUUUGUCCUGACACCUUGCUCCGUGUACAUAUGCAUUUACUAAUGUCAUUAUUUCUCAUACCGUCUUAUGUGGAAUAAACCUUUCAUGUUUUGCUAUCGUUUGAAA